AUGGGAGGCAAACGAGGAGGCAAGUGGCCGCAGCAGCCAUCCUGGCAACUCUGGCGUGGAGCCAAGUCGCCACGGGAUGGAGCAUGGAGACAGGACUAUCAAGACUAUCAGGACUUUUCAGCGUGGAAGUCGUGGCCCGAGGACAAAGCCUACUUCCCGCGCUACGACGAGAGACGGCCGCCAGCUACGGGACGAGGAGAUCCCGAGCCAGGGCAGGCCUCACAGGCCGGAGGAUUCGUGCAGGAUUUCCAGAACUGCCUGAAUCAUGCGAGAAAGGCGGAGCAGCGAGUGAAGAGCCUGACGCGCACUCGCGAGCAGAAGGUUGCCCUCUGGGCAGACUACAUGGAGCAGCUUCGCAAGAACUGGUUGAAGGAAUGCCAAAGGCACGAACAAAAUCUCCAGCGCCUCGACGACGACAUACAGGAGGCCUACCAGCAGCAGGAAGAAGCUCGGAGCAAACUGUGCUGGGUGGCAGCUCGCUACGAUGGCAAGCAAGGCAGCGAAGAGGCCACAGCCAGUGGCCCCGAUCCCUGGACCGAGAUGUGCCGGCAGUGGAAGAAAGAGGCCCAGCAGGACGAUGGACCAGAGGCGAUCCUGCAGCGUGCCUUGCAAACUCGAGGCCAGCCGAAGCGAGAGGUCACGGAGACGCCCCAGGCUUCCCGUGCACCGCCGGGACUCAAUGGUGGGGAUCCUUUCACUUGGCCGGGUGGCCUGAAGCCACCCAAAACCGAGGCUCGCGAUGCAGGACGACGAGAGGCAGAAGCCCCUUCUGGAAGGAUGCCUUCUCCAAGCCCAGAGCCGAUGGCGGUCUCUGGUGGCUACAAUGCGCCGCUGGAGCCUGUGGCGACCAACCCUUAUCAUGCUUCGCCGAGUACCCGGCACACAGCAAUGUCUCCGCCAACCGGCCGUCCACCGAAAUCCAGCUCGAGGCCGCGGCAGCCUGUCAAGACACAUACCAAGCCCGAGAUCAACACAGGCAGCCGCACUUUCCAGGAUCGCAUGGACGAGAAACGCCAACAAGCUCUGGAUCGGGAGAUCUCCAGGGCUCCUUCGGCCGAGCCCGAGGCCGUGGAUGGCGCGGAUGCCGAUGUACAUGCAGGUUCGGCAGCCAGGCCCCCUGGGGAGGAAUAUCUGGACUACAUCCCGACCAUCCGCAUCGACGACGAAUCCGAGAUGGACUGA